GAAAAAAAACGGUUACCCAGCAACGAGAUAAAACACUGGAACCAUCCGCACCAGCUUGAAGAGAAAGAAGAGGUACCAUAGGCAAUUCUUUCCGAGGAGAUGUCGAUUCCUUUCUCCAACACCCACUACCGAAUUCCACAAGGAUUUGGAAAUCUUCUUGAAGGGCUGACCCGGGAGAUUCUGAGGGAGCAACCGGACAAUAUACCAGCUUUUGCCGCAGCGUAUUUUGAGAACCUUCUAGAGAAAAGAGAGAAAACCAGCUUUGAUCCAGCAGAAUGGGGGACUAAGGUAGAGGACCGCUUCUACAACAACCACGCGUUCAAGGAGCAAGAACAAGCUGAGAAAUGUGAACAGGAAAUAGCCAAGUCAUCUGGGAGAGAAGAGACACCAGUCACUCCUUUCGAGGAGUCUACUGAGGAAGAAAGAGAACAGGAGGAGGCGGCUGCUCUCAAAAUCCAGUCUGUCUUCCGGGGACACGUGGCUAGAGAAGAGGUAAAGAAGAUGAAGUCGGAUAAGAGUGAAAAUCUGAAAGCAGAGGAGAACAAUUGAGACCACAGGUUUUACCCCCCCCGAAACAUGAAAAGUAAUCCAAAUCCAUCAGUGUUGUGAUUGUCUUUUUUUCUUCAGUAAGGGAGACGUGAUGUUGUGGAAAAACAUUUGUUGCUGUUGUGAAAAUCUGUCAUAAGCAUUUGUUUAAUAAACAUGCCAUUGAAACACA